AUGUCGAAGAUCGCAGGGGAUGGAGUCGCAUUAUUUUGGACCUCGAUUUUGUUGCUGGCGUUGUGUUGGAUUACUUUUUCCAUGCGUGCGGGUGUGAGGUUGUGGAGGAAAAUUUGGGGAUUGGAUGAUAUUGUUAUGUCGAUUGGUUUGUUGCUAUUUACUGUCACGAGUAGUCUGUGUAUUGUGUGCAGUUUCUAUGGAAGUGGCCAGAAGGCUAAAUACUUGAGUGCGCAUGAAAUUGCGAGGGGGACUAAGCUCUUCUUCAUUGCUGAAUUCUUCUACGCUACUGGUGCUGUCGCUAUCAAAUGCAGUAUUGCAGUAACUCUCCUCCGUAUCGCUGAUACCCGUCGUCGCUAUGUUUAUACCGUCUGGGGUAUUAUGAUCAUGACCGCUAUCUCUGCCCUUAUUUUCAUGAUAGGCAUUGCGAAUAUAUGUCAUCCGAUUAAUACUCUAUGGGGAGAAUCAAAUGGAGUGUGUAAUUUGCAACUGAACAGUGAUGUUAGUUUGUUCUUUUCGGCCGUGGAAAUCGCAACGGAUUGGGCAUUAGCGAUUCUGCCGGCGGUGUUGUUGAGGAAUAUUCAGAUGAAGAGUAGAGUUAAGGUGUCGGUGGCUUGUAUUUUGGGAUUGGCUGCUUUUGCAAGCUGUGCAACAAUCGUUCGACUUCGCUACCUAUCACUCUACAGUGAUCCCUCCGAAUUCAUGUUCGGUACCGGUCGCAUAGGACUCUGGUCCGUCAUCGAAGAAGCAAUGGGAAUCUUCGCCGGAUCUCUCCCUGCCCUCCGUCCUCUCUUAUCCCUUCCCUUCCUCAAUCUCAGUACUACCGGAAACUCCAACAAUCCCACAUCAGGAAAGAAUGGAAAUGUACCGCGCACUCAACACGGAACAGGGAAGAGAUCGGAUAUCAAUCUGGAUACAUUCGUUCAACUAGGGGAUUCGGAUAUUGAAAAAGAUGAUGGGGAAAGUCAGAAACAUAUUUUGAAAGAGACAAAGGUCACUGUGACGAGUGCUAAUAGGCAUUCUGCGCCAGGAGAAUGGGAACAGAGUCAGAUUUUGGGGUGGAAAGGAAAUAGGAAUUCGCAGAGAAACAUUCAAUAG